GACAACUGAGAGCUCGGGCGAACUCGCGACGGACGGCUCACGAAGCCCAUGGCGGCAAAUCACUUUUUCUCUCGCGAGGCAGACUUUUGCUCUCGAGCCCGACUUUUGCCCGUGAAUGUUUGAUUUGCUCGCGCGCAUGAACCUGAUAUGCGCUCUCGGAUGUUGGCAGCGAUUCGCCGCAUAGAAGCCCCAUAAGAUCAUCAAUACACCGACUUCUGCACAGGACCCGCCCUCUCUGCUCACCAUGGCCUUUCCUUGUUUCGAUGGCGUUUAUCUCCCGAAGGAAGAAGCUGCAUUUCUUCAUCAAGUCAAUGAUGAGCUGGUAACAUACCAGCAGGAAAACGGCGACCACAGGAGUGUGCUCCUGUUCCCUCCUCUACCGAGCAGACUGCGAUACCUGAUCCACAGGACCCUGGAGGACCUGCCGGGGCUCACCACCUUCUCAGUAGGGGGCAGCUGGUGCCGAAGGGUGGUGGUCUGCCACUCUGAGAUAAGGCGUGUGGAUGAGCAAGCCGAUGAUUGGGAGAGCCACGACAGCCUGUGUGAACAGCCCCUAAGAAACCGGGAGGAGACGGGUGGCGACAACGCCAAGCCCAAAUCUUCUAUCUCAUCGCGAGGCCGAGGACCUAAGAGGCCGGACAAACCCCUCUACAUGCCACGAGCCGCUCGGGAGAGACUCUCCUUACAGAGCUCACAAGACCCGUCGGGAGAGCAUGGGUUGCCCGGUCCAGCCUCAAGUAGCUUCAUUAGCACUUCGUGUGACUCUUCUUUCUGUACCGAAAAGGCAGAAAAAACCUCAACCACAUCCAGACAGGAGUGUCCCCUCAGUGUAGCGGAGGGCAUCUCCCACCAUGCUGGUGACAGUUCAGCAAUCUGUCCUCAGGAAGAGGAAGAAAAGCUGCUGACUGUGGAUGAAGAUGAGCCCCUAGUCUGGCAGAAGACAAUGUCCUCCUUCAAUGACAUGACUCUGGAGGAAGAUGAGACGGGCAAGGAGGACGAAUGCACGGACUCAGACGAUGUAACUGAAGAGAUCAAGACACAUCUAAAAGAACUGGAGACCAUUUCCAUUCAGCAUGUUCAGAAUGACUACUCCAUGUAUGAGAGUGUUUUCAUCAUCCCGGACAAGCUUUGCCACGUGAUCGAGAUCUAUCACUUUCCCCCGACUUUCAAAACCGAUGACCUCUUGGAUGCUUUCGCAGACUACAGUGAUGGUGGAAUGAAGAUCGAGUGGGUUGACGACACGCAUGCCCUGGGGGUUUUCUCCAAUGAGACGGCAGCCAUCCAGGCGCUCUCCAUUUGCCAUCCAUUGCUGAAGGCCAGAGCGUUGAAUGAAGGGAGUAAAAAAGCCAAAGGGAAGGCCGUCAGACGAGCAGAAUUUAUCCAGCCAGUAAAGGAGCGUCCUCGGACCGACUGUGCUGUUGCCAGGCGGAUGGUGACCAGAGCGCUUGGGAUGCAGGGACGAGGCCGAAGAGGGCAGCGAUAUUGAAGGGAAACGCAACCCCUCUUCGCUUAAACAGGGCAGUCCAGCCCAGGUCGGCCCCCCGUUCAUUGGGCCUCCAGAUGCUCCACAGCGGCCACAGACAGCCAGCUGAUAAAGAAGAGCAUGACUACCGUCCAGCACGGUUUGCCUCCUUCUCCGCUUGGUGCAGCAUGUUUCGCACGGUGAAGAAUGGCACCGGCAAGAGUUGACUGUCACACAUCAGCAAAAUCCACACUGCUGAAGGGUGUUUGUGCAGGACGCUGAAUCACAACACGCCCCACAGCCUCGAAGUUGCUGCUGUAAAUCUGAACCUGACCUCUUUGGUCAUUAUUGAUGUAGUUCCAGUUGUUUACUGAUCAAUAAUCACAAAGAAAGUAGAUUCCAAUGUAAACAGAAAUGCCCAAUGGAGAAAGCAGGAGAAGAUCUUAGCUUGUUUUGAUUUAAACUUCAGUGUGUAUCAAGUGAUGCAGGACGGUUGCAUAAUUCUAGUAAGUAUUGAAUUCCUCCACACAUUCUCAGGAUUUGUUUGGAACUUUUGUUACAGGCAGAUUUUUAUAUAGAGUUCAGUUCAAACUGACAUCCAUUAAUAUGAAGCAGAUCUGUUAAAAAGAUCAUUUUAAUUAUAAAUUCAAAAGCCAGCCAGACCCAGUCGUAAGAAAAAACACUGGAAACCCCAGAGUUUGUUUAAAUUGUUGUUAACAAUUUGUUUUAUCAUAUCUAUUGUCUUCCACAAAACUACCGUGGGAUUGUUGCCUUAAAAAUAAUUGAAGUUGUUACUCACUCUACAUGACAUAACUAAAGUUUAAGAUUUAAGGACUUGGAAUGUUUGACCCUUUGUACCCGUUCUGCAUUUAGUAAAAUGAAGAAGUUGAGGGUUUUGUGUUCUUGGCAAAAUGAAAGAUUUCCCUGAAAUUCAAUUGGCUGAUGUAGGAGUGACAGGACUUCUUCUGUGGUGUGUACUUAUGUCCACUAAGUGUAGGAUUUAACUGCAUCCGUUGUGUCAUUUUAAGUAAAAGAAUACGAAUCGCAUCAAUACAUUCUCCAAGAUCCCAUAAAAUAUAUAAACCACACAUGUUUUUUAUCUUUAUUGUCUGUAUAAGUUUCAGUGAUGUAACAUUUGGAAUAAAGAAAGGAGCAGUGAUUAAAGGAAA